AUGGGUUUCGAAGAGUCGUGUUGGCGUCAGAGGCUUCUGAGCGUGUUGCCGGCCGAAGCAGUUGAUGUACUGGCCAGGUUACUGCCAGAAGAGGCCGAAAAUUACACGGUAGUGAAGGGUGCUUUGUUGAGAAAAUAUAAGUUGUCACCCGAAGCUUUCCGUUUGAAAUUUCGAGAAGCCACGAAAGGCCCACAAGAGAGCUACUCGGAGUUCGGAUAUAAGCUAGGUAGUUUUCUGGAAAACUGGCUCAAAGGAGCUCGGGCGUAUGAGGACAAAGCGAAGAUGUUUGAGCAGUUUUGCUUAGAGCAGUUCUAUCGUACGUUGCCUGAAAAGCUCAGAGAAUGGUUUCAGGAUCGACCAGACGUAGGAACAGUGCGCAAAGCAGCAGAAUAUACAGAUGAGUACUGUGCAAAGAGGGGAUCAAGUUGCGACCUAGGGAAGACUGACCGGCCUCCGGGGGCUUCGUCUGGGGGAAGUAAAAGAUUCCGCACGUUGGAAAAGAACGCGAACAAGCCAGUUCCUAAAGACGAGUCCCCCGAAACACGCAUGAAGAAGUCGUUCGAAGCACGGAAACAAAUUGGAUGCUUCCGGUGCCAAAAGCCAGGACACGUGGCUGCUGGAUGUCGUGUCCCAAAGGUCUCCCCAGUCCAGCUCGUUCUCGAAAAGGACGAAGACGUGUUAGGUCCAUACCUUUACGACAUGGACGUUAACGGUAAGACUUGCAAGGUCUUACGGGACACCGGUGCGACGUACGGCGUCGUGCACACUCUUCUUUCGUGA